AUGGCGGCUGACGCGCCGCCGUCAUCCUCGGUCCCUCGCGGACCACCCACCACCAGCGGAGUCGGCGAUGGACCCGGCGCCGCCCCCCAUUCUUGCUCCCCGGACGAGCUCUACUUCCACGUCGUUGGCAAAUGGCCCGGUUCAGAGCUGGGCUACCCAGCUGACCACACCGACGGGCAGGGGCCGUCUGGCGCCGGCUCGAUGAAACCCGUGUCGCCGACAGACGACAUGGACGACAGGCGCGAUGGGUCCAACGCACGCGCCAAGAAGCGGCGCAAGGUCCAGCGGCGCGCAAAGGUGUCCGAGAUCUGGUUCCCGCACGCCGAGAUGGCGUUCUGUACCUGCGUCUCGUCCAUUCCACCAAACGGCCGUACCAAGAUCAAGUUCUUUGGCCGGCCCCUUGGUCGCAAUGAGCUCAUUGCUGCAAUCUGCACGUUGGCCACGCGACGACUGUACAAUCGCAAACAGAUUUCAAGUCACAGCCAAGUUUUGAAAGACAAAGUCCCCCAUCCUUACAAGGAAAUCUUCACGUUUGAAGACAAGGCCCGUAGCGACGAGACUGGCGAGAGUUCGACGGCAAACGUGAUUGAAAACUACACCUUCCCCGACGCCAUUUACAAUGUCAUUGGGUAUCGAGUCGGCACCGACCUUGCCAACUCUCCAAAGCCAGAUUGGCUUGUUCGUCUCGAGGCUGGCGGCAGCGAAGUACAGGCCCAGCAGCCGGCUAUGGACGCGUCGGCUUCUGGACGACCAUACUCGUACUGGGCCAAUAAUCCCGCCGACCAGUAUUCGGGCUACUAUGACCGUGGUGGCCAGCCGGCGUACCUCAUGAAGGGCAAGGAACGUGACGGGCGUGCUCCCAUGCACCCACACCCUUCCCAGAUUGACUCUAGCUACUAUCAAUAUGGCCAGCAGUCCCUGCGCCAACAGCAGCCACCGUACGGCUCGUCCUCGUAUCAAGGCCACAUUGUUCCUCCCCACACCUUGCCUCCGCUUCCCGCGUCGCGAGACCUCGACGACCACCAGUCUCCCCUCGCUCAGCACACGACAAUGAACGAUCCGUCUGGCGUCGCGUCGCGGUACGGAUAUGCGUCUCACCCGCAAAUGCCGCAGCGUGGGCAGCGUAUUUCCAGUACUGGCCAAGUGUGGGAUGGCGUAGACCACAGCCGCUCGCCCACAAACUCGACGUUUGAGGGACACUCACAGGGCUCGUCGGGCCUGUCUCCUCGAGACAGUAUGGGACCUCCUUACGGCGACGUCAAGCCAUCCAUGUCUGGCGGCGACCACCUCACGCUUCCUCCACUUCAAGAGGUGCCCAGCCCGCAAUACAACGAUUGGCAGUGGGCAGGAAAGCAGCAGCAGCAGCCCGUUGUGUCUACUCGUGGCGGCGGCCUCCCGGGGCUGCCCAACCUUCCGAGUCUCGGCAGCGUCGCGUCUCAAGCUUACGCAUUGCCCUCGGCUGGUGGUUGGAGCGGGUCCUCUUCCGGUGGCUACCAGCAGCAGCCUUGGGACGACCCGCGCGACCGCCAACGCACACCCCCGAGCUCGGUCCCGCGUUCGCUUGCCGCCUUUGUUCCCUCGGGCGUCGAGUUUACGGCCCAGACACGCGAACACUACUUGUCGCUCUCGCCCGGAGAACCACUCGCCAACGGACCGCCCAUCCCGAUGAGGGACAUCUACAUGUACAAGAACCGGUAUCCAUUUUUGGACUCGAUUGCGGCGUCGCCGGCGCCGGUGCCCGUGUUCCACAUUGACAUCCCCGUCGCCUUUGGUGCCAACUUGCAGCAGCGCCGCAACCUCAUCCAACGCACCACCGCGUUCGGCCUGCACCUGCUGCUCCGUCCCCUCGGCGACGCCAACGGAUGGGCGCUUACCACCGACACUGCAUUCCUGCACACCCAGGGUGCGAUCAAGUACAUGCGCACCAUUGAGCAGCUUCGUAUCAACCCGACCGGCGACCUCAGUUCCGACACGCGCAUCACAGACCUCGUUCGUCUGUAUGACCAGCUCCUGGCGCAGGAACGCGGCGGCGACUCGUUUUCAAACGUCGGCGCACCCAUGUCUGUCGUCGUCCAGCGCAUCAUUCGCGACAAUGGCGGCGACCGCGUGUCCACCAGCAACUGCUUUGGCGAAGACUGGGCAGACGCGUCUGUCGUGCUCAUAUACACGUUUUGGGCAGACAACCGUCAACCUUUCGUCUGUCGUCCCGUCGACUUUGACCAGCGCGGACCGCCCCAGGACGUCGUCGCGGCCGACCAGCUCGUCGCCGACUUGCUCGCCGGCGAGGAACAGCAGCCAAGCAAGUUUGAGUGGAUGUAA